UCUUUAGCAGCGAUCAAGAAAGAACGUGUCUUUCUCUCGUACACGGAACAAUUAAGUUUCACAAUAUUCUUACAAUAGAUACAUAUCUACAUAUAUAUUAACUCACAUAUAUAUAUAUCGAGAUAUUGUGUUGUAGUUCUAUAUAUAAUAGUGCAACAAGUUGAAAAUUGGUUAUUAGUGUUCGAUUAAUUGGCGGAAAGAGUCUCUACUUGUUUGUGUCUUGACGUGUAGCAGAAAUGGCGAAAAUUAUUCUAAUCUGUUUACUGAGCGUGUUAGCCUGCGUCUCAGGUCAACGCAUCACCACCAUUCACCUGGAUGGCGUACAAUACUUCAUUAGCCGCAUGAAUCCCUAUUCACCCGAGCUCAAUUACUUCCUUGCCUAUCAGUAUUGUCGUUCGUUGGGUCUGCAAUUGGCGUCGUUCGAAACGAAAGAGAAAGCCGAAUCUAUGACAACAUAUCUUAAGAAUGCCGGUUACGGUAAUUAUGAUUUCUGGACAUCCGGCAAUCGUUUGGGCACCGGCAUGUUCUUAUGGAUGAGCACUGGACUGCCGUUCAAUGCGACAUUUGACUUCUUCGAGAAUUCAGCCGAUGCCAUACAGGCUGGUCUGCUCGAUCCCGUUGAUCAUAACAGCAAUACGUCGCCACAACGGACGGCGCGCGACAGCAGUAGCGGCGCUGAGAAGGGUUGCGUUAUCUUGAAACAACCCACAUUGAAAUGGAUGCCCGAAGAUUGUUCGGCUGUGAAAGAUUUCAUCUGCGAACAGACCCGAUGCUAUUACUACAAUUACGGCAGUAUUCCAGUGUCAUCGGCGCAGGGCCGUCCAGUCACCUCUACCACUUCACGUCCCACUGUCGACCAAACCAAACUGAGUCUCUCCACCACACCGUUGCCGCUCACCAUGUCCACGUACACACCUUUCUCGAAGCGCUCGCAUCAGGAUGAUGAGCACGACGAUGAGCCGCAAUUGUCUUUCGUUUCUUUGAAGCUUGAUCACGAACUCGAGAGCGGCGAAGAGGAAGCCAAGAAUGAUGAACACGAACACGAGCAUGAACGUGAGCCGGAACAUGACAGCUUCGAUGCUGAGGAUGAAGAGCCGGAGGAUGAAAAGAAGCGUACAUUGCCCGUUUAUGAAGGUGAUCGCAAUGAUUUGCAUAUUAACAGCAAAGAAUCUGUCGAACAACAAGUUGAAGAACAAGAUGCACACCAACAAAACGAUGCACAACAACAGGAGGGUGGCGAAGAGGAGGAUGAUGACACAGCCAACGAAGAGCAUAACAACUCGGCUUCGCAUGAGGAUAGCGCCGAUACAGAGGACACCAAGCACAAUACAGUUGGUGAAGAUCAAUUGAAGACAUUGCCGAUGCCAGCUAUUGCCGCACCCGCCGAAGUCCCCACUGUUGAGGUGCGUCUCAAGCAGAUUUCGCAGGAGAUUGAGAAGAUGGCCGCUGCCAGCAAUGAAAAUCAACGUCACAACCUUCCAGCGGCUGGUGUAUUACAUCAUGAGAAUAACAAAAAUGAUGUUGAUCGGCAAUCGUUCCUCUCACUCACCGAUCUCAUACGUACACUGCGUCCGAAUAAUAAACAAAUCAUACCACAAAUCGAUUCGGAUUACUCGAAUGCUAUGCGUGUGCUAGGCGAGACCUCGGAGGUGGUAAAUAAUGAGGAGGCGCAUAAGUAUUAAGGUACUAAAUGAGAAAGGAGAAAAUAGAGAGGAGCGGGCGAAGAGUGUAAGCAAAAGAGAGACAGGCCUUGAAGCUAAGAUAGUGAUGAUGAGAAAAAAGAGAGAGAGAGAGUGUGCAAACUAACGAGAAGAAGAGAUAUUAUGAUAAGAGAAAGAAAGAUAACAGUAGGACAAAAGAGAGCGUUGUAAAGCAGUCAAGAGAGUUGAGAGCGGAAAAAAGAAAGUGAAGAGCAGCAACGGUGACAAUAUUUUACUUGGAAACCACAUAUCAACUAUAUAACGCAUAGAUCCUUACGAUCACGAAUUUACUUUUAUGCGAUAAAAUUUAAAUUUAAAAGAAAACUUUAAAGAGAGUAACUUGAAAGAGCAAUAUAGAUUAUAUACCCACCACUGUUGUAAACUCUAACUUAGUAACUAUUAUGAUCUUAAAAUGCAAUUCCUAUAUUUAGUAAUUUUAGAAGAGCCUUAACUAUACGAACUAUGCUUCGGCAAAGUAUUUUUUUUUUUUUGUAAUGAGAAUUUAAAUAUUUUUGAAGCCCGAAAAGUAUUAAAAGAAAUAUUGUAUGCUUCGGUGUUCAACGAGUACACUUAACGAAUAAACUUUAAGAGUAGCGAGUACUCUCACGGAGCAGCGACACUAGCCACUCGAAAUAAGAGAUAAACAACGAAUAGAAGAGUACCGUUACACAUGCUUCGUGUGUGCUCGUUUUUAGUAGCCGAAACGUGCGAGUACUUUCACAUGGCGUUAGUAUUAACAAAAAAAAACUAUAAAAUUAAUUCACAAAAAGAAAAUAAAAAUUAAUAAAUUAUAAUUUAACUUUAGUAAGCGCUUGCGAAGAAAAUUGCUUAGCACUGAAAUUUCAUGAAAGUAUUUGCAAAAAAAAAGAAAAAUAUUUUUACAUUAAAAGAAAUAAAAAAUAAAGUUUGCAAUAGAAGUAAUGUACCACAAACAAACGAUUGCUAUCGGCAAUAAAACUAGAUUUGUAAGCGUAAAAAUUAAUGUAUGUACUUUAACGAGCAUUUACGGGGCAAAUAAUAAAACAUUGUGCGCGUAUGUGUAUUCAAUAAAAACAUACAUAAAACUAUAAA